AUGGCUGUGGCCGUGGAAGACCUGCCGCAGAUGUGGCAGCGGCCCAGCUUCGAGGCGCUCGUCGCCGCGCUGGCCGGUCUGGAGCUGGGCCCGGCCAUCUGGGCUCGCCGCCUCCAGGGCCAGACGGCCGCCAUGCGGAGCGCCGAGUCGCGGUACCUGGCCUCGGUCGUGCGCAGCCCGCUCACCUGGCUCACCGACGACGCGCAGCGCGAAGCCGUCUGGGCAGCCGCCGCCCGGUGCGUCUCCGAACGCUGCGGCCGCAUGGCCGUCGGGGACCUCGUGCGGCGGUGGCUUUUUGCGCCGCCUGAUGCGGCGGCAGGCGAGUCCUUCGAGCUGGUGAUUCGAGAGCCGGCGGUGGCGGGCGCCGCCGGCCUCGGCUUCAAGACGUGGGCCAGCGCGUACGUGCUGGCGCGGGAGCUGCCGCGGCUGUCCGCCUCGUCGGCGCUGUUUCCCCUGUUCGACGAGUCGCUCGGGCAGUCGCCGCCGGCGGUGCUCGAGCUCGGGGCCGGCACGGGCUUGCUGGGGCUCGCGGCGGCGGCGCUCUGGGCCGCGCCCGUCACGCUGAGCGACCUCCCGGACGUCGUCCACAACUUGAGACAUAAUGUAGCGGCCAACGAGCGCGUGGUGGCGGCGCGAGGCGGGCUCGUGCGUGUUGGCUGCUUGACGUGGGGAGGCGAGGAGGACGCGGCGCGGUCGGACCAGGAGCUCUUUGGCCAACCUUUUCAGUUUCCGAUUGUGUUGGCCGCCGACGCUCUCUACAAUGACGAUCACCCUGAGCUGCUGGCGUCGGCCAUCUCUCGCAACUUGGCGCUUGGACCCGAAGCCCGAGCUUUGAUUAUGUCUCCGAUGCGAGACAACGUUACACUCCACCUGAUAGAUAAAUUCAAGCAGAUGAUGCUCGACUUGAAGCCACCGCUAGUCUGCGAGGAGGAGGACGAGUUUGUGGGCAAUGAUGACUGGGCGGGGGCGGACGAUGAAGACGAUGAAGAAAAAGCAAAUAGCGGGAAUGUGCGAUGCUGGCUAGGAAUUUUCUCGCGAGGAGGGUCUCCACUGACGAAUGGGAAAGCUUUGGCCAAAGAUUUUGCCAGCUGCUACAAGACUUCCACCACAAGCCGUUCACGAUAG